GUCUCUAACCACCUGCUCCUCUUCACUGCUCUUUUGUACACUGGGGAAAUUUGUUUGAAUUUUUGCAGGUGGAAAUACACGGGAAAGUACUCCUUCCCCGUUUCCACGUGAUUUUCCGACUUUUCGAAUCGUCAUCAUUCCAAUAAUGGAUUUUUUCCCAAGCUGAUCUACCAAAAUGGCUUGCCAAGUGUGUGGCUGUUCAGACGUAGAACCCCAUUUUGGAGCACUGUCAUGUAGAGCAUGUGCCGCAUUUUUCCGCAGAUAUUUCCACUCGAAAAAAGUUGUUGGCCAGUGCAAUUGUGCUGUAAGAUUCCGGAAUAGUCAUCCGUGUAGGGAGUGUAGGAUUAAGAAGUGCUUAUCGAUUGGGAUGAAUCCAGAGAAAGUCCAAGAAAAACGAGAACGUCAUCCCCCGAAAAAGAACAAACCUCCAAGCAUAUCAGAAGCCUUAACUUCAAGCUCUUCAACACCACCAUCCCUCCCGAUUUCCCAACUACCUUCAAGAAUAAUUCCUCGCGACUGCUCAUCAAUUACUCUAACUGCUUUUAACUGGCAAAAAUGUCAGCCAAAGCGAAAUUAUAUGACUCGAACAUUGGAUGAAACCAACUAUUAUCAGUUAUCGUGUUUUAAGAUAGAAGAUUGUAUGAUGAUUUGGAGAAUUGUUGAAGAUCUUUUUCCGUCUUUAACAUGGAAUUUAAGGAAGUUGGAUAAAGAAGCUCUUCUCCGAAACUUUCUUCCGAAGUGGUCAGUUUUAACAGCGGCUAUUGAUAUGGAAGUUAAAGUGCAAAGAUACUCAAAAGUCAACAAUACUGAAGAGUUUAAAAGAAUGAUUGUAGAUUUCUUUACAUAUUCAAUGCCAGAGAAGUUCAAAAUGCCACCGGAAGAUAUAUUGAAAGUGUUCGGACCCAUGAUAGUGUACUACGUAACAAAAAUUAUUCUUCCAAUUCAUGAAAAAGGCUUGGACCAGCCGGAAUUUAUGGCGUUGGCGCUGAUUAUUUUGUUCGAUGGAGCCUACUCCAACAUCUCCGUGGAGUGCUCCGAAAUGUGCCGAACAAUUCGCAACCUGAUAUUUCGAGAGCUCAAAAAUUAUCAAACCGACAAGAACUUUGAUGAAAUUCAGUUUGCCGAUACUGUCGACACCUUGAAUAUUGUGGAAAAAGGAGAGAAGAAGUUCUAUGAAGAGCUUUUGAUAUGUGAUAUGCACAAUGUGCACUUACACGAGGAUUAUAGAUUAUUGUUAAACGAGUUGAAUGGUUAAAUAUGUAUAAAUGCAAUAUUGAUUAAUUUAUGAAACAAUUAUAAUGAAAAUUUCACACAAAACACCUUCUAUCACUUCUUUAUUUACAUAAAAACCUGUUCAAUUA